ACACCCUCUCAGUCAAUCAAGCUCUAUCUAACCCUUCUUUCACUCACUCACUCACCCGCUUACUCUCUAAUACCUCUCUUUUACUCACUCUCUCUAACUAAUCCCUUCUCUUUUACUUCCUCCCUCCCUCGUUCACUCUUUCAGUAACUUAAAAACAAAUCCGAUGAUGGCUACUGCUUCUGAAUUAAUAGAACCUUUACCACAGAACUGGACUUACGGGGUGACCGCCGACGGACGAAUAUUUUAUAUUGACGAUUUGCACGAGACUACCUCAUGGGUCCAUCCUGCAACCAACAAAUCUGCCAAGUCUGGGUUGUUGUACGAUCCAGAUCUCCCUAGUGGCUGGGAAUGGAGUAUUACCCCAGAAGGUGUUGUUUAUUAUGUGGAUCACAAUUCACAGAGGACUACAUUUAUUCACCCACUGACCAGACGUACAGCUCCCCCGUUUAAUGACUCCACUCAAAGUGUGGAAUUUCAGCGGCCAUUAGCUUUAAAACCAGUUCCUCAAUACAAUCAAAGUAAAAAGGCCUCAGGUAAACAAAGAUUAAUUUCUAAAGCUCCAGAGGCCAAAAGAAUGAGUAAUUCUAAAGUCAUCCAUAGUGGGUGGUUAACAGUGCAGGAAAGUUCUGGACUCCGUUCUUGGAAGCAACGUUGGUGCGUUCAUGUUGAUUAUGGCUUAUUUUUCUAUAAAGAUACCAGUGAGCAACAGUGUGUUGGUUCUAUUCUAUUACCAAGUUACACAAUACGACCUUGUGAUGCCAGUGAUUCCAUCAACAAAAGACAUGCCUUCAAGGCAGAACAUGCGAAUAUGAAGACCCAAUAUUUUGUUGCUGAAUCAGUGGAAAGCAUGGACCAAUGGGUUAGGGUUUUGAAUCAGUCAGCUUUAAUGAUAGAAGCACAAGAGAACUCAAGGCUUAAAGAAUCUUUCAGAAAUCAAAGUUUUACGACUGAAUAUAAUGGAUCGGUGACAAGAAGUGAGCAACAGCCAGAGUAUUACACUGUAGAAAGCCCUGUUCAAGAUUUUAGCAAUGGCCAUCAUUCCUUACACAACCCUAACAAUAAUGGAUAUGCCACACCUCAUUUAUUCCCUCUAAAUCACUCUGUACCAUCAAGUCAAAGGUCUUCAUACAUAUACCAGGAACAGAACCCCACUUCUGAACAUCUUCCUCACAACAGAUCUUCCUAUUCUUCUGCUGGUUCUUAUGGAAUUAACAGAAGUUAUAGCGACAGCAUCCCUCAGCCUCAGCCAGCCAGUUAUUUCCUUGAUGCUCCUUAUCAGAGAGCAUCAUCUUCAUCUUUAACUUACCAAUAUUCAAACAGACCACCAGAACAAAUUCCUCGGGACACUGAAUCUCAGUCAUCAUUAGGCUUUAACGCUAGUCAAAAUGGCUACCUACGAGGAAGUCCCUAUCUAGAUGACUCUCACCAUUCUCCAACAUCGUUUAAAGGAACAAAUAAUAAUAAUAUCAGUAACACUAUUUAUCGAACAAUAGAUUUCUCUUCAACAGAUAACAGGAUUAAUAACAGUUCUAGUAAUUCUCCUCAAUCUUUUCCACAUCCUCCACACUCCCCCACACAUUCCCAACUCUCAACAGACACUUACCCCAAAGAAAUUAAUUAUGCUGUAAUACAAAAGCAAUCAAACCAAGAGUCUUUUUCUCCACUCACAGAAUCCCAUAACAGUUUCACUUAUUCAAAUAAUAAAGAUGCAGAUUUGUAUUUUACAGAUGUUGUAGACUCACCCCAGAGCAAUUUGAGUCAAAAUCACAGUGCAAUGCUGCCAACCAAUCCUGUAGCUCCUUAUUCUAAAGACAUGUAUGGUGCUCAAACGGAUUUGUCAAAGCUAAGCAUUGAAAGUGACUUGGCUUACAAUACGUCGAGCCAGAAUCCACAUCCUGAAUAUGCAGCAAUUCAGCGAAGAUCAACAGGAAAUCUCGAAGAUUUAUAUAAAUCUGAUGCCUUAUUGAGUGAUCGACCAAACUCCAUUAGUGUUCCAGUUCGUCGAUCUCUAUCAGAUGUGCCCAAACAAACAUCAUUGCAGUUAUUACAAAAUAUGCACAUGAACGAACUACGGAAACAUCCAUCUUUCUCUAAAACUUUUCCUAAAAAUUAUUCACCAAAUUAUCAAAACAUUUCGCUAACAUUUUCUCAGUACUCUGAUGAUGAUGAUGAUGAUAAUGACCAUUUUGAAAAAUUGCCUAAUGAAGGACCUGUCACUUCUGAUGGGGACAAAUGGAAACAGAUGCCCUCUGAUUAUUAUAAUAAACCAUCUUCCACUGAACCAGCAAACCUUCUAGAUCAAGAUAUUCCAGACAAUGAUGCAGAUAAAAUUCUCUAUGAUUAUAAGGGCACAUCACAUGACACUUCUUUCCCAACACGCUCUUUUCAGGAACUUUCAGUGAAAACUCUAGAACAUUCUAAUGAUUCAGAAUUUGGUGUAACUAAACCACCUGUUUCAGAAUAUGCCAACUUAAAUGCCAGACAGUCCUUUGCUUAUUCAAGUUCACGUUCAGAAUUGGAUGGGAUAUUACCACGAAGCUCUUCUGGAAAUUUUGAUGAAUAUAAUUAUGAAAAAUAUCCCACUUCACACGUGAACCUCAAUGGAUUUCAAGCUCCAACCAUGCACAAUGCAACGGAUGUUGAAAGUAUCUCUUCGUCUAACAUGCAGCUGGAGAAAAAAGAAGACAACAUUAGCUACAUGCAACCAGCUUUGCAAAGCGAGACCAUCACUCCUGUGUACAACAGAAACACUCAUCUCAAGAGGAACAUGAGUACUGUUAAAGAAGACCCUGACAUGCCGGACGAAGAUGUUAUCAAGACAACCCGGCCAGUAAUCGCCAAACUGAAAGCCAACACAGCAAGACUAAGAAUGAGUAUUAGCGCUGAUGAUCUGCUUGGUAAAACGUUCAACUUUUCUAAGGUUAACCUCUAUCUGUUGGAUGAAAAUUUCCCAUUUAUUGGGAAAAUAUUUGAUUAUGUUUGGAAAUAUUUAAUCCCAAUAUCCUUACACAGACUUGCUGAACAUAAUGCAGUGUUAGACUUUCAUCUUGAAGAUAAACAUGGACAUUAUAUGGAGCUCAAGAAACAGUGCGAUGAUGUCGAAAACAAACUUGAAAUGUAUAAACCAAUUGAGAGUUUAGUGGACAACAUGGUAACCAUGGGAAGUUUAUAUGGUGGAAAUAACUACAUGUUAGCUACACAGUACCGCAAGCACAUUCUCCAUCCUGAUGAGUAUAUUCCUCCAAAGAAUAUGAUUGAGUUCUCUCGCAGACAUCAAGAAGAGCAGAUUUUCCAACAGAUCGAGAAAGAUGUUCAAGAGUUGACCCAAGAUGAAGCAGAUUUGGAGGAAAAAAUGGAGCGGUUGUACGUACUUGACAAAUUAAUCCAGGAGAAGAGUUUAGCAGUGACGGGUCUCAAAGAAGAUAAGGAAUCACUCGAGACGACUCUUAGAGGUGUUUUAAUUGAGCAGCAGAACCAACACACCAUCGAUCCCCGGCAGCUUGAACAUUUCCGCCACAAAGAACAUAGCAUUAAGCGGGAACUCUCUCGAGCAAUGCAGCAAUUAGCAGAAGCAUCAAAGAGACUUGAAGAACUCACUGCAGAGAGCAGUAAACUGGAGCAUGAAAUAGCUUUGUUGCGCUCAAAAGUGCAUGGUGACCUGAAUCGAAGUCGAAGUGCACCGACUUUGCCUGGAGAUCCUAGCAACACUCGAUACCAAAUGGAAAAAGAUUUACAUCGUGUACAGGAUGUAAUGCUUAAUCUGAACAAAGAAGCUGCCCGUUUAUCGGAAGCUUUAAAUACUCUAAAAUCUCCAGGAUCUGUGGAAGAAGAACUAAGUAGGAUUCCAAACCAAUCGACGACUUAUUAUGAAAUGGAUCUUGACACAAGAAUCACUGUUGAUUUGGCUGUACAGUUCAACUUAGCAGAUAACGAUCAAGGAAAUGGCACGUUUCAAGAAGAUAGACCUGGUUUUGUUGAAUAUAUUCAAUCCAAAUCAGCUCCUUCAUCAGAAGGAAACAAUAGCUAUAUUGAUAGUAACUCAGUACCCAGUCCUAUCUACGCCUUCAAUGAAGAACCUUUACAAGCUGAAACACAAAUCAGACAAGUUUACUCACAGCCACCGUUUGAAGGGAGUGACCCAAGAUUAUUGACCGCUGAUGAAGCAGAUGCACCUGAAGCAGAGGAUAACUGGAAUAUUGAAGAAGCAGAUGAUAAUACCAAAAGAUUCUUUGGUUUAUUACCGAAGGAACGACCCCGGGUACAAACUGUUCGAGAUGUGAAAAGACAAGCAGAGCAAAGACGUGAACGUGUCGGAGGAGGAAGUGAUAGAAUGAGAGGAUACCCUGGUGACGAUGGUGAAUGGGAAGACGAAAUUAAUGAACUUUGGAAGCAAAACCUCCCACCUGAAUACUUUGAUCUCCAAAGUUCCAAUGAAACACCUUUAAAUUCACAUGUUGCAUCUAAUUCCAGUGAGCAACAACCAACCUAUCCCCCAACAUCUCAGCCAUUAAUGUUAUCUCUUCUUGGAGACCAAUCAUUAUCACCACCAUCUUUGCCUCCAGAAACUUCCGUUUCCAAUAACAAUCUUUCAAAUGAUGAUCUCUCAUCUCAUCCACCUCCAUUACCAUCAAAUAAUUUUGACACACCUUUAGUAGAAACCACUACUACUGUCUCCCAUGCUGUUCCUACCAAUUCUUCUGUUAAUUCCUCUAAGCCUGAGAAUAUCCAGAGGCGUUCAUCUCUACCUUCCUUACCUCAGCGUUUGCUUGGGCCCAAACCAUUUGUGCCUUAUGAGGGCCCAUCACCUUCUUCAAACAAGGAAGUCCCUGUAGAAACGUUGUUGCCAAAAAAUGCCAACAAAUCAUUCACUAGUAUCAGUAGGUCUUUGGUAUCUCAGUCUACGUCAUCCAGUACUAUGCAGGCUACUGAUUUUAAUACACCAACCCCUUGGGGUACAGCUUCACCUGACUCCAAACUUAAAAGGUCACCCCGUGGACGAGCUCGUUAUCUUACGAUUUCAAGUAGCGAACCAAUUAAACUGGAGCAUGCUCUUGAACAGAAAUCUUCCCUUAAUUCUGCUGCUGGAGACCUUAUUAUUGGUUCCUCUCUGAUGUACAACAUGCCUGAUAUUAUACAGAGUUCAACUCUUGAUAAAUUUGAUGAACUGACUAUUGACAGAGAAUUAAUGAUGCCUGAAAAAGUGUUGAUACCCGAACGUUACAUGCCAGAUUCUGACGAUGAAGAUUUAAGUGAAGAAGAGAAAAAAAAACGGAGAGAAAAAUCAGAAAGAAUUAGGAAAGUUCUCGCAGAACAGAGUGUUCAUUCAUGGGCUAAAACUGCUCCAGAAGAAAUGAAAGAUGGUCUCCAUGAAUACGUUGCUAAAGAAAGACAAAACAGAGAGAAGCUGUUAACCAUAACACAAGAGCUUGCCAUGGAAGUCACCCGUAAAAGUAAAGCAGCAGCAGUUGAACGCCGGAAGACGUGGGCUGGUACUCCAUCGUUUGACUAUCUCUCCACUUUUAAUGAAAGUCCAGCCAUAUAUAAUAAUGAUAUCCUCCUCGGAUAAGUGAGUCUUACCCAUAAGAACUUCAUAAUCCCUCUCUUCCAUAAAUAUCCCAACUCCGAAAACUACUUAUUACAUGGAUUAGUAACUCUGAAUGCCCCGCCUCAUUUUGUACCACCCUAGAUUUCCAUCCAUACAUUGAACCACCUAUUUUUACACACACUCCGCGUGUGUGUGUGUGUGUGUUACAAAAGCACUCGUGUAGGGACAGAGGUAUUCUAUUGUUUAUUACAAGUUGUAAUGAAAACAAUUUAACAUUGAGCUGAAGAAUUACACAAUAUUUCUUAGUUGAGUCCAUGUUUAUUAAACUUUCACCAGAAGACAGGUGACAGUGACUUUGGACUGUAAACAUGAACUCUACACAAAAGUUAUUGAGGAAUUCUUUCAAAGAAUUUGAUUUUGUUGAUGCCACAAAUUUUUGAAGUUUCAUUUUCUGAAGAGCUACAGAGAACACAAAUUCCGGGUUGAAUGAGAUUAAAAAUCUUUAGCUUUUGUUUCCUCAGGCUGACUGCAAUUCUAUUGUUUAUUGAGGGCAUCAUUAAAAUCUUCUUUCGUGCUUACAACCUUCAAGUGGUAGAGUUGCAGGUUUGAUGUAUUAGCUGUGUUUCAUGAUCCACUCUGAGAGUCAAGCACAGCAGUUCUCAACCGUCUUUAACCUGUGGACACUCCUUUGAUUCUUAUUUGGUUCAGUUAAAUCCUCAUACCAAUUCAAUGUUUUAAAAAAAUCCUAUAUUUAUUAUUAAAUAUUAUUAGGGAUUCUAUAUAUAAAAAAAAUAGUGUUAAAAUAUUUCGUGUAUGGUACAAAUAGAACCAAUUUAUUUCUCAUAAAUUUUAGCAACAAAAUCUUAUACAGACUCCAAGGAUCAUAUGGAUCUCCAAAAGUCAUAUGGACUCCCCCAAGGAUCAUAUGAACCCUCCCCAAGGUCAUAUGGACCUCCAAGGAUCAUAUGGAUCCCCAAGGAUCAUAUGGAUCCCCAAAGGUGAUAAGGACCUCCCAAGAAUCAUAUGGACCUCCAUCCAAGGUGAUAUGGACUCCAGUUGAGAACCAUUGGUCUAGCAGCUUUAUGAGAAGUUGAUUAUUCAUGGGAAUAUGAUUUCUGGAGGUAAAGAACCGCAUAGGAGUUUGACUGUCCAUGGUUUUAUGCUUUUACUGUGAGACUUCCUUAUUGGAGACAUCAUUGAUAUUUAUCAUGGCUUAUAGUUUGAUGUUGGGGAACUUAUUUAGUUAAAUGAGUAAAGAAUUGUAGAGGCAAAGAACCCUGUAUGAUUACAGAUUUAAUUAUCCGAAUGCUGUACAGUGGGUCAUCACUAUCAGACUUAAGACAUGUACUGACCUGACUCAUAAGGGAAGAGUUUCUGUUGCCAUGGAAACUUUUGUAGUGCCACCAUGAUAUAUCCUUGAGUCAAACAUAAAGCAUAGCGUUGGUGCUGAAUCAAUUUUUGCUACAGACAGAACACAGUUUUCCAAAUUUAAAAUGGUCCUAACCACAUCAUAUUUUAUUAAUAUGCCUGAAUAAUUGCAAAAUAUUUUAAGUAUUCAGCUAUUAUAGAUGAGAGAAAUAUGAAGAGAACUGGAUAAUCAUAUCAAAUGAAAAUGUUUUAGAAAUGGAUCACUAAUAUUGAUGAACAUUCAAACAUUUUAGCUCUAAUUUGUGUUUUUAAUUUUUAGUUUUAAGAAUAUAUUUUUAUUCUUUUUUAUCAAUGUAAAAUGAUUGUUUUUCAGUUUGUAACAUUUUAGUUAUGGCUUAUAACAACUACAAAUAGAAUGAAAUUUGUUCACCCUAGACUUCUAGAAAUUUUAUAAUUUUUGUAAUUUAAAAAAACCCAAAACAAAAUGGAUUUUGUUUAGGACAGAAAUAGGUUCUAAAUUGAUCCAUAAAUAUCUAAGAUAAAUUGUGUGUGUAUAUAUAUAUAUAUACAUAUAUAUAUAUAUAUAUAUAUAUAUAUAUAUAUAUAUAUAUAUAUAUAUAUGUGUAUAUAUAUAUAUACACACACAUACAUACACAUAUACACUUUUGUUGUUUGUCUCUAUAGGUUUCCCAUUGAAUUCAGAGCUAGCACUGCAUGUUACAAUGUUUUGUAAAUGAAUAUGUCCAGGUAAAUAAUGCGGUGGAAGACAUAAAAACUCAGCAAUGGGUGUAUAUGCAUAUUUCAAGAGUUAUUGCACUUUCAUCAGCACCAUAUCCAACCCAUCAUGAAAGCGCAAGAACUUUUGAAACCUACAUAUACACCUGUUACCCAUUUUUUCUUAUCUUCAGUUGCAUUGUUUACUCUAAAUUCUGAAGGAAAUCCAAAGAGAUAAACUUUAAAGUAAGUACACUGCACUGCUAACACAAGCUAAGAUGCAAUAUUGACUUGUAAACCUUUUAAUAUACUUGGUAAUAUAUUAUGGUUGCAAAAUUAAAUAUUGUGCCCUUGCCAGAAAUAUUAAACACACACUGUCUGUGUAUGUAUAUAGAUAUAAAGCAUUUGAGAGAGAGAGAGAGAGAGAAGGAGCAUUCUAUACAAUUGACAAAACAUAUUACUAUAUUUGGCAUUUUGGAAAUGAAGUGAAUUUCUUGAGUCCUUUUUCCCAAACUCAGGUUGUGCAGUUUUGGAUGCAAUUAAUAUUUAACCCCUUCAAUACCAACCUGGCUGAAACCGGCUCUGAGUACAAAUGCUUUGUUUUCAUAAGUUUUGAAUUAAAAUCUUCCACCAAACCUUAGUCACAAUUUAUGUUCCUAACACUAGCUGAAUGACAACUAAGUCAUUAAGCUAGUGUCAUGGGUUGAGUAGUUCGAUGGGAACCAACAAUCCAGAGGGCUGCCCUGUGCUCUAGAGUCAACUUCAGUUAUAGUUUCUACAGCUGGAUGCUCUUCCUAAUGUCAAUCACUUUACAGAGUAUAUGGGUACCUUUUAUUUUUGUGGCACCAGCACUCGUGAGGUCAUCAAGCACUCACAAGACUCCUCAAUGGAGUGGGCAAAGUUUUUACUUCUGUAUAGAAAAAAAAGACAGUUUGUUCCCGUCCACUGAAUCUUUCACAUUUUUCUCUCUUCUCAGACAACGGACAAUCACACACCUGCAUUUAUCUGUACACACAAACACACUCCACAUAAAAAAUAUAUUUCUUUCACUGAUUAAAAUAUCUUAACAUUUAUAUUCAUUGCUCCACCAGAGAUUGUAUAAUAUAAUAUUAUGUUUGACAGCUCAAAUGUAGUGGAUUGGCACAAGUGAUAAAGCAUUGUGGUAUAUAAUUGUGACAAUCUAUAUUCACACCAACUUUUACUGUCUAUUUUCUGUGCACACAUGGGGUAAAGAAGAUUUGUUGAGGGUCAUUUUCUACAGCUGGGUGUUCUUCCUCUCAUCAACCAUCACCUUUUUUCCAAUUAACGUAAUAUUUCCAUGUAGCCAAUCAUGGUUUUCACAGAAGACAAGAAACAACCUUGCUUUAUUUUUGCCUUGUAUCCUUUCAUCAUUGAUAAAAUAAAAACUUUGCCAAAUAAAAGAAUCAAUGGUUUGAUCCCCUCCCUCCAAAUUUAUGACCCUUUGCAUAUGUUAGCAAUCAAUAUUGCAUUUAACAUCUUGUUUAUCUAAAUUCUUAUUUUCUCUGUAAAUCUUAUUGGUAAUUCUUUACGAUUACAACAAAUGUAUAUAAAUGUUUCCCAGGCUGUUAGCCAUAAAUUUUCUACGCACACCUCUCUAUUUGACAAAAAAAAAGAAACAUAUGGUUAAUAGAUUUCCAAACUUCUAAUGUUAAAUCAUUUCACUAAUAUAGACAUAUAACAACUGUAUAUUUUGUACAAAAUAUUUUAUUCUACGCAUGUACAUAUCUGUACACAGACAUAACAAAAAUCAAAUAUUGGGCACUGUCCUUUUCUAUGCCAAUUUUUCAUAAUAAAAUGUAAAUAUAUAUUUUAACAGCAAUAAAUUUUAUACUUAAUUA